AUGAUCGCGGCGCCAUGGGUGUGUCGGCGUUGCCUGGGAGGGCUUCUGAAGCCCAGGAGCACCCAAUUCAUUCGCCGUGCUAGCUCAGACACAACCGCACACCUCCCGCCAGCCCUCCUCCAACGAGCGCGCGCCCUCACGACCGAACACGAUGCCCUCGCCCGCUCCCUCGAAUCCGACUUUGACUCCAAAACGGCCCGCCGGAUGGGCGAGCUCUCGAGCGUCGCCACGGCCCUCCGCGAAUGGGAACGCGCGACGAGCUCCAUCGCGGAGCUCAACGGCCUCUUGGGCUCAAAGGACAAAGAACUCCGGGACAUGGCCGCCGAGGAGCUCGAGUCGACAAACGGCCAGCUCUCGGCCCUCUCGCGUAAGCUCUCGGCCUCGCUGACGCCCAAGGACCCCUACGCCCACAUGCCCUGCCUGCUCGAGAUCCGUCCGGGACCCGGCGGUCUCGAGGGCCGCUUCUUCGCCGACACGCUGUUCCGUAUGUACAAGCAGUACCUCUCGCGCAGGGGCUACCGCUCGCAAGUGAUCAAGUACGACACGGUCGAGGCCGCCGGCGACCUGUCCACGGCGGCGGGCGAGAGCGCGCUGCAGGAGGCCGUCAUCGAGAUCCAGGACCCGGGCGCCUACGACCUGUUCCGCGGCGAGGCCGGCAUGCACCGCGUGCAGCGGAUCCCGGCGACGGAGAAGAACGGCCGCGUGCACACUAGCGCCGUGGCCGUGUGGGUGCUGCCGUCCUUCCAGGAGAGCGGCGACGGUGCCAAGGACUUCAACAACCCGGAGAGCGACUUCUAUAUCGACCCGUCCGAGGUCAAGAUCGAGACGAUGCGCGCGCGCGGCGCCGGCGGGCAGCACGUCAACAAGACGGAGUCGGCGAUCCGCAUGACGCACACGCCGACGGGCACCGUCGUCAGCAUGCAGGACUCGCGGUCGCAGUCGCGCAACCGCGAGGACGCGUGGAAGCUGAUGCGGUCGCGCGUGGGGCUGAUCCGGCGCGAGGCCCGCGAGGAGGCGGCGGCGCAGCUGCGCGACAACGUGCUCUCGCGGCACCGCAUCUCGCGCAGCGACAAGAUCCGCACGUACAACUACAACCAGGACCGCGUCACGGAUCACCGCGCCGGCGUCGACGUGUACAACCUCGUCGACGUCAUCGACGGCGGCGAGUCGCUCGACAAGAUCGUCGACGCCGUCAAGGACUGGCUCGUGUCCGGGGACAUUGCGGCCAUGAUGGCCGAGCAGGAGGCCGCUGCCGCGGCGGUGUCGGACACGAAGAAGGCGGAAAAGUGA